AUGUUGCCCACCGGCUGCAUGUAUACCUGGUAUCUCUGAGGUCCAUCCCAAGAGUUGGCUCCUAAUAAUCUUUUGGCCGUAUUGACACGCCUCAGCCAAUCCCAUGUGAGUAAUUCAGUUACUUUGAAUGGCUCGCUCACUUCCAUCCGGCUUUCUCUCUGACAUAUCGCGGUUGAUGGCCCAUCAUCCCUCUGAUAUGCAUUGGCUAUUGCACAACCCUUUCCACCUGGGCCAGAUUCCGCAAACAUGCGCGAGCUUAAGACAAGAGAGGCAGGGACCGGUCAAUGUUCCACGAGCCCUGCGGUGCUUUGCUCUGCAUCCAUGCACGUAUGGAGCACAUUACCUCGAGACACGGCACAUUCACAACUUUGAAGUUUUCACUACCCCGCUGACAGGCCGCAUCCUUCGACCCUUAACAAAUUUGUACGGGGCCGUCCUCUUCGAAAUUUCAGCCAGGAGCGCACUCCGAGGCCUCACCGCCAAUAAGCCCAACUCAGUUGAGACACAACAAGCCCAGCGGGGAGUGCCAAGUCGCUGGGCCUGUAGUUUGUACAACCACAGCGAGUUCAAAACUACGCCCUCAUCCUCCUCGUCCCUAGUCGAUCUUCGCUCCAGAUCCCAUGGAGACGUCGCUGACCUUGGCCUUCGACACAGCCUGUGUAGGAUGGAACCCAAAUGCAUUUCCGGUCAAUCGAUUGGACUCGUCAAUCCUCUGUGGCUGUGGCAAUAGGCUUACGGUGGCUCUGAAGAGACCGAAGCCCUCGACCACAC